CCCCGCCCCAUCUCGGCUCCGCUUCCUCGGGAAGCGGCGCCACACACCCCCGACACACCUCCCGGCCGGGCCGGCCAAUCCGCGGCGGGCCUGCGUGACACACACGCCGUCACUUAAGCAGCUUCCACGCGCCGGGCCGGGACAAGGAGAAGGAGGCGAGGCACGACGCGCGGCCACUUUGGAGAGCCGCACCACGGAAAAGAAGCUUGGCGGGGACGGCGACGCCGAGAGCGAGCGAAGGAGCGUGCAGCCAGCCAGCCAACCCCGCUAGCCAGCCAGGCUUGGAAGUAGCCAGCACCGAGGAGCCCAGAAGCAGCAGCAGCGCGGCGGAGCUCGACGGGCACUUGGAGAGACGGAGCGCACGACGAGGGCGCACGGCGCAACGCCAUGGAGUCCGGCGGCGGAAAGAUGACGGCUCAGUUGAUGCUGGCUGUUGGAGGAGCAGUCCUAGGAUCCCUGCAGUUUGGCUACAACACUGGAGUCAUCAACGCCCCACAGAAGGUGAUUGAGGAAUUCUACAACUACACGUGGUACAACCGCUAUGGGGAGUACAUCAGCCGCGGCACCCUCACCACGCUCUGGUCCCUCUCGGUGUCCAUCUUCUCAGUGGGCGGGAUGAUUGGGUCGUUCUCGGUGGGGCUGUUCGUCAACCGCUUUGGACGGCGGAAUUCCAUGCUGAUGUCCAACAGCCUUGCCUUCCUGGCUGCAGCGCUAAUGGGUUUCUCGAAGAUAGCCAGCUCCUUUGAGAUGUUGGUCCUCGGUCGCUUCGUCAUUGGGGUGUAUUCUGGCCUCACCACAGGCUUCGUGCCCAUGUACGUGGGGGAGGUGUCGCCCACGUCCCUUCGGGGGGCUCUGGGGACACUUCACCAGCUGGGCAUCGUCGUAGGCAUCCUCAUAGCGCAGGUGUUUGGCAUGGAUCUGAUCAUGGGGAGCGAUAGCCUGUGGCCGCUCUUGCUGGGGUUCAUCUUUGUUCCUGCCUUGGCGCAAUGCAUCCUGCUGCCCUUUGCCCCAGAGAGUCCCCGCUUCCUUCUUAUCAACCGCAAUGAGGAGAACAAAGCCAAGAGUGUCCUGAAGAAGCUCCGAGGGACGACCGACGUCAGCAGCGACCUCCAGGAAAUGAAGGAGGAGAGCCGGCAGAUGAUGCAGGAGAAGAAAGUCACCAUCCCGGAGCUUUUCCGCUCGCCCAUGUACCGCCAGCCCAUCCUCAUUGCCGUGAUCUUGCAGCUUUCCCAGCAGCUCUCUGGGAUCAAUGCGGUAUUCUACUAUUCAACCAGCAUCUUUGAAAAAUCUGGGGUGCAGCAGCCCGUCUAUGCUACCAUCGGGUCUGGAGUUGUAAACACGGCCUUCACGGUGGUCUCGCUGUUUGUGGUGGAGAGGGCCGGACGGCGGACUCUGCAUCUCGUGGGCCUGGCCGGAAUGGCAGGGUGCGCAGUCCUCAUGACCAUCGCUUUGGCGCUUCUGGAGCAAAUGGCCUGGAUGUCCUACCUCAGCAUCAUUGCCAUCUUUGGCUUUGUGGCGUUUUUCGAGAUCGGCCCGGGCCCCAUUCCGUGGUUCAUCGUGGCGGAGCUCUUCAGCCAAGGCCCCCGGCCUGCAGCCUUCGCUGUGGCUGGCCUCUCGAACUGGACGUCAAACUUCAUUGUGGGGAUGAGCUUUCAGUACAUUGAGGAAGUCUGUGGCCCUUACGUCUUCAUCAUCUUCAUGGUGCUCCUGAUCCUCUUCUUCAUCUUCACCUACUUCAAGGUGCCCGAGACAAAGGGCCGCACCUUUGACGAGAUUGCCUCCGGCUUCCGCCAAGGGGGCGGUGGGCAGAGCGACAACAAGACGCCGGAUGAAUUUCACAGCUUGGGCGCAGACUCCCAAGUCUAAGCCCCGCAGACCCGACCGGCUCCUCCCUUCGCUUCACUUCCUUUGCUGCCUGUUCUUGACGCUUGUAAACAGAAGCCAGGCUCAUGGCGAAGCAGGCGCCGAGGCCUCCUUUCCGGGGCUGCCGCCUGGUUUCCAGGCGACGAACUGACGCCCAGCCCUAGGAACGGUUAGCUGGUUUUUCACGUCCAGGAUUUCAAUGCUGACAAGGUUCGGAAGCCGCGGCUGUGGUUGAGGCCGAGCCUCUUCCGUGGGGCAGCAGUAAGUCCUUCCAGUGACCAGACCCUCACUUUUAUUUUUAGAAGGAAAAAAAAGAACAGCAGGAACACACACUGAGACACACACACACACCUUCCAAGUUUGCAAUAACAGAAGCAGCCCAUUUUAAUCCAAAGACAACUGUUCCGAUUCUGAUUUUAAUGAGACACUUAAAAAAUAAUUGAAGGGGUGUGGGGAGACAGUAGGACUGAUCCAUGAUGACAAAAGAAUUUCCUGCUGGGUUGGGCCCUGAAACGAUUGGGGUUGCUUCUUUUAUCCUUCCCAUAAGGCUGUUACAAAAAGGUUUGAUAUUUUCUUAAAAGGUCAGUGAUUGAGGACCCCUACCCUUUACCACCCAAAUCUAAUUUGCCUCUCUGUCAGUUACCCUUCCUCAGCAGGAGGAGAGAGGUGGCUGCAGCCAGAGGGGCAGCUGCGAGAAGUGAGUCAGUUCAGGAAAAAGCAAGCAUUGCAUUUUUAAUCGUUUUUUGGCUUGGCGGAGCAGAGGCCCUAAAACGCUCAGGCCCGGGAGCUGACUUUUGCAGGGCUGUGCCCCUUUCUGACCCUGUGGUGUGAUAGUGUCUCUUGCUUGUUUGGCUGGGGAGAGGCAUCCAUAUACAUAUACAUAUAUGUGUGUGUAUCCACCUCUGAUUUUGCAUGUCUGAAAGGUAAACUACAAAGAGGAAUGUUUGUUGCUCUGCCCACUUUUGACUCUGGUUGCAUCCAGAACGUGGCCCUCAGCCUGGAAGUUUCCCCACUGUUGCCCUAAAGCUAUCAUGCAGCCAUUUCUUCCCUCUUUAAAAUUGUAGGUGGGGGGAGGGCAAGACCCUUGAGGCCAUUAUGUCAUGGUGAGGGUCUUUUCACCUGUCCUGGCUUGUUCCACAUAGCUUAGCUUUUAGUGGACAACCACAUGUUGGGAUGGGAGGGAAACAAAGCAGACAUAACCCAGGGUUUCCCUGUUCAGCCCUAACACCCUCCCUCCUUACUGCUUCCCCACCCUAUGAGGAGAGUCCAGCUGGAUCAGGCCCAAAGGUCUAUCUGAUCAUUAAAUACCCUGUAUUCAAAUGGUGACAAAUGAGCUGCCUCUACUGAGGUCACAAGGGGCGGGCGUGAAGUUGACAAGCACCCCGCUUGCUUUUUGCCCGCCUCUGCUGUUCAAAGGUAGACUGCUCUUGAAGAUGGAGGUUCCACUAACCAGUAGCCAUGGAAACAGAAGCCUGGAAAGGACCUCCUCUCUUGUCUAAAUUCCUUUUAGAGCCCUCUAAGCCAGCCAGUGGCCACGGCUGUUCCUUCUGCCAGCAAAUUCCAGACAUUUAAUGACAUGCGGUGUGACAAAUGCCUUGGAAAUGGGGGCAGGAAUCCAAAAGAACACCCCGAACCUCACAUAUUGAUCUCCUUUCACCAAAAGGCUCCAUAAAGACACAGUUCUAUUGUGUCUGCCUCAGAGGGCCUCUGGCAAGCUCCUCUCCUCUCCCUUAGCACCCUGGACUCACUGAAAUGACAGAGACUCAGUGAAAAUGGCUGCACACAUUUCCUGCUUACUGUGUAUAGACUGGAAAAUAUUUAUAUUAUAUAUAUAUAUAUAUAUGUAUUUUAUUUUGUUCCACCGUGUUAAUAGAGCACUAAGUUAUAGUGUGGUUUCAGAUGGACAAGCAACUUUACUGUAAAUAAAUAUAUGAUAAAACAGAUCUUAGGUCCUCUAGCAAGAGUCGUAUUUGACUAAGAUGACUGUUUGUUUUGUUUGUAUAGAUAAAAUUAAUAUGCACUGUAGUGGCAUCUGAAUGCACUGACAUUUUAGACCUUCCUCCAUAUAGUCAACUACCCCAAGCCCUUAAAGGACCCUGAGCAAGUGUGUUUUUUGGAUAGAAGCUCUUGGCAGGUUUGCAAAAAAUCUAAGAGAGAAAAUGGACACACAGCUAUUUAAAAAUAAGUAUUUUUAAAAUUUAUUUUUCUGUUUUUAAAUUGAAGACACGUCCACACUUGGAAAAAAAAGGACAAUAUGUUUUUAGGAAUUGCAAAGAAAAUGAAAUGUUAACUUUUUGCAUUUGCUGUGUAUGGUGUGAUGUCAGAAUGAACUCCUUUCUAAAGUGCCAAUGGUUAAGGGGUGGGAGGGUAAAGAGAAGAAAAAAAGACACACAGAAAGGAGAACCUUGUAUGGACAGAAUAAAUGAAAUGAGCGUUUGAGAACCCU